UCCCUGGCCCCGUUCCCAGCCAGUCCAUGAAAGCCACACCGUUCGAGGAUCGGAUCUUCCUUUACUGGAAGGAACCACUGGAGCCCAAUGGGAUCAUCACUCAGUAUGAGGUAAUGAAGUACUAUGGCCAGGGGGAGAGGUGGAGGGGAGAGGUGGAGGGAGGGAGAGGUGGGGCGAGGGAAGGAGGAGGGGAGGGGAGGAAAGAGGUGGAGGGAGGGAGGGGAGAGGUGGAGGGAGGGAGAGGUGGGGCGAGGGAAGGAGGAGGGGAGGGGAGUGGGGAGGGAGCGAGAGGUGGGAGAGGUGGGGAGAGGUGGGGAUGGAUGGAGGGAGGGAGGGGGAGGUGGGGGGAGAGAAAGGUGGAGGAGGGAGAAGGGGGAGGGAGGGUGGGAGGUGGGGGAGGGAGGGCUGGAGGGGAGAGUUGGGGCGGGAUGGAUGGUAGACAGGCCUGUCUAGGAUCCACAUGGGGUUUGUAUAUUUAAACCAUGUUUCACAGGUUUUAUGAAUCUUUAGUGUCCCUCUGGAAACCAGCGCAUAUGAGUGAAAAACGUCCUGUUCCUAUUUCAUACAGGACUAUGGUGCAAAUACUGUAACUCAAAAAGGGGACUGUGGGUUUUAAGGGGAACUCAUUGUAUGUUACUGUUGCAAAAUACUAUUUUCAGUACUUCUUAGGUAUGCAAAGAAGGUGUACUGAUCCAUCAUUGAAUGGAUUGUAUUUUUAAAGUUAAUAACCCACAGUGAUUCGUAGCUUGUGUGCAAUGGGGUGAAUUUGAAAUAACAUUUCUUAAAUCUCAAGUGUUAUCCAGCUGUGGGAAUAUGAGAACACUGACCCACAUAAUCCAAGGGAAUGUGGAUUAUAGGGCCCACAUUGUGCCCACAAAGCUAAUCACUAAGCUAAGGAUCCUGGGACUAAACACAUCCCUCUGCAACUGGAUCCUGGACUUCCUGUCGGGCCGCCCCAAGGUGGUAAGGGUAGGCAACAGCACAUCUGCCACGCUGAUCCUCAACACUAGGGCCCCUCAGAGGUGCAUGCUUAGUCCCCUCCUGUACUCCCUGUUCACCCAAGACUGCGUGGACAAGCACGACUCCAACACCAUCAUUAAGUUUGCUGAUGACACAACAGUGGUAGGCCUGAUCACCGACAACGAUGAGACAACCUAUAGGGAGGAGGGCAGAGACCUGGCAGUGUGGUGCCAGGACAACAACCUCUCCGUCAACGUGAGCAAGCCAAAGGAGAUGAUCGUGGCCUACAGGAAAAGUGGUAAAAACUCAACUCGUCGUGUUUGGAGGACAAAGAAUGCUGAGUUGCAUCCAAAGAACACCAUACCUACUGUGAAGCAUGGGGGUGGAAACAUCAUGCUUUGGGGCUGUUUUUCUGCAAAGGGACCAGGACAACUGAUCCGUGUAAAGGAAAGAAUGAAUGGGGCCAUGUAUCGUGAGAUUUUGAGUGAAAACCUCCUUCCAUCAGCAAGGGCAUUGAAGAUGAAACGUGGCUGGGUCUUUCAGCAUAACAAUGAUCCCAAACACACCGCCCGGGCAACGAAGGAGUGGCUUCGUAAGAAGCAUUUCAAGGUCCUGGAGUGGUCUAGCCAGUCUCCAGAUCUCAACCCCAUAGAAAAUCUUUGGAGGGAGUUGAAAGUCUGUGUUGCCCAGCGACAGCCCCAAAACAUCACUGCUCUAGAGGAGAUCUGCAUGGAGGAAUGGGCCAAAAUACCAGCAACAGUGUGUGAAAACCUUGUGAAGACUUACAGAAAACGUUUGACCUGUGUCAUUGCCAACAAAGGGUAUAUAACAAAGUACUGAGAAACUUUUGUUAUUGACCAAAUACUUAUUUUCCACCAUAAUUUGCAAAUAAAUUCAAAAAAAUCCUACAAUGUGAUUUUCUGGAUUUUUUUUCCUCAUUUUGUCUGUCAUAGUUGACGUGUACCUAUGAUGAAAAUUACAGACCUCUCUCAUCUUUUUAAGUGGGAGAACUUGCACAAUUGGUGGCUGACUAAAUACUUUUUUCCCCCACUGUAUAUACUAGGCGGUGUCAGAGGAAGGCAAAGAAUUGUCAAAGACUACAGUCAACCAAGUCAUAGACUGUUCUCUCUGCUACCACACAGCAAGCGGUACCGGAGCGCCAAGUCUAGGUCCAAAAGGCUCCUUAACAGCUUCUAUUAAUCAAAUGGCCACCCAGACUAUUUACAUUGACCCCCCCCCCCCCUCACUUUACCCAUACGUACAUGUAUAAAUUACCUGUACCCCGGCACAUUGACUCGGUACCGGUACCCCCUGUACAUAGCCUCGUUAUUGUUAUUUUAUUGUGUUACUUUUUAUUUUAUUUUUUACUUUAGUUUAUUUAGUAAAUAUCUCUAUUUAUUGAACUGCGUUGUUGGUUAAGGGCUUGUAAGUAAGCAUUUCACAGGAAGGUCUACACCUGUUCGGCGCAUGUGACAAAUUUUGAUUUGAUUUGAUGUAACAUGACACACAUUCUACAUAAUGCCAUGGGAAGUCACAUGCUCAAAUUUUUUAUCACACAUUUUAGUUCAGGCUUACAAGUGUUUCCAUAUGCAUUCCAUAUGUACCUCAAGUCUUUUGCAUGUUUUAAAUACAAUACACAAUGCAGUGAAAUCACUCAAAAAUCCUCUCAUUUGUUUAGCUGUGCUUUGUACUUUGCUAGGUAUGUGCAUUCCACCUACUUAAACACAGAUAAAGUUUGUACCACAGCAUAAUGUUACAGAAAGUCUAUUACCAUUCGCUUGAACACUUUUCAACAACUCAUUAGGUAAAUAUUGUAUUUCCCUCUCCUCUCCCUCCCCUAACAGAUCAGCUACAGUGGUAUUCGGUCCUUUGACCCCUCGGUGCCGAUAAUGCGCCCUCCUUUGAUCGUGUCUCUGCCCUGGAACACUUCUCACCACGUCUUCAACCAGCUCCACCCUGGCACCACCUACCAGUUCCUCAUACGAGCCAGCACCGUCAAGGGCUUUGGCUCCCCGACCACACUCAAUGUCACCACCAACAUCUCAGGUACGUUUAUUUAACCUUUAUUUAUCCAGGAAGUCCCAUUGAGGUUACAAGGGAAACCUGGCCAAGAGAAACCUCCUUAGUAUGGUAGAGUAUGUAUACAGUAUAAUGGACAUAGUGUUACAGCUACUAGACUAUUAGUAGUGCUACCAGAGAAAGUAUUGUUUAUUAAUCAAGUAAAAUUAAAUUGAUGCAUAAUGUAAUUGUUCUCUUAAGAAAUUCCUGCCUGUUGCUGUUUUGUUAAAAAGGGUCUGGUAGCGCUGCAGGUCUAGGAAGCGAAGUAACCAGAAUGGGGUAACAAAAAAUUGGUUGGGUUAUGGGUUGGUUCGGUUAUCGGUUUUCUGAGCAAUUUCUACCAUGACACUAAGCACAGCACUGAGAUAUCUCUCAGUAAUGUUAAUCGUGUCAGACUCCAUUCCGUAAUGGAAUAUCUGGAUUCUCUGUACCUGUUGGAGUAAUUUUCUCCAGCACACGUUUUUCCCAACUCUAAUCUUGUCAGCACUCAACAUGCCUUAGACAGGGAUGUAUUUGGAAUCUGUUGAAAUGACAGCCUAUGACCUCAUUAGAUUAUAAUGCAAACCACAUCAAUCAAAUUUACCAGGUGAAUGGAAGCUAAAAGCUUCUCGACAUAUCCCUUAAUGGCAAAUGAGGCCAGUAGCCUUUUUUUAAAUAAGAGGGACCUGGUGCUUUUUGCGCUAUGCGCCUACUUCAAAGAGAUGUAAUGUACGUAAUGUAGAUGUAAUCACGCAGUUCCUGCGUUUUGGCAAAACUGCUAUUGUAAAUUUGUUAGGUAGCAAUUCCCAGAAGUGUUUUAGAAAACAUGUUCCAAGCAGGAGAGAGGUGUUUUUUUUACUUUGCAGUGCUAUAAUAAAGGUCAGCCAAGUUCAAAAUUAAACAUAAUGUGUCCUGAUGGAGCAUGCCUUUCUCAAGACUUCAACAUAUUACACCCCAUUGCUGACAAUCUUCCUCCAUCUGUGAUUUUGCACUAAAUUCUUGUCUGUCUGGUGUGCUUUUUCCCCAUAGCCCCAACACUGGAGGAGUAUGAUGGGUCUGAGGCGUUUCUGAAUGAGACGGCCACCACCAUCACGGUCCUACUGAAGCCCGCUCAGGCCAAAGGUGCCCCUAUCAGGUGAGAGACCUAAUGCCUGGCUUUCUUUUAGUCCAAGGGUUCCAUCUACAUUUUAGUCAUUUAGCAGACGCUCUUAUCCAGAGCGACUUACAGUUAGUUAGUGCAUACAUUAUUUUAUUUAUUUUUUAUUUUAAUUUUUUCAUACCCCCUGUGGGAAUCGAACCCACAACCCUGGCGUUGCAAACGCCAUGCUCUAUCAACUGAGCUACAUCCCUGCCGGCCAUUCCCUCCCCUCCCCUGGACGACGCUGGGCCAAUUGUGCGCCGCCCCAUGGGUCUCCCGGUCGCGGCCGGCUACGGCAGAGCCUGGAUUUGAACCAGGAUCUCUAGUGGCACAGCUAGCACUGCGAUGCACUGCGAUGCAGUGCCUUAGACCACUGCGCCACUCGGGAGACUAGUCAUCUAGUCAUUUUAAUGAAGGUCAUCCAUCUGUUUGCCUGACAUCUCUGUCAAAAGGUUUGUGUUGUGUCCCUCCCUGUAGCACAUCCCACAAAUAGAGAGCGCAGUACUGGGUAAUGUCUACAGAGACUCUGCAGGGAAUUUAGAUAUUCAGGUCCAUGGCCCUGCCGAUCUCCAUUUGAUUUGGACAUUGUUGGCCUGUGCCUUUUCAUUUCCUCUCCCCUAUCACAAUCGGCAGGGAUAUGGAGUUGAAGGUACUUGUCAUAAAGGGGAUUUGGAGAGAACUCUUUGUGCUCAGAUUCAGUAAAUCACCUAUUAUGCAACUGGGCCUGGGCUUUGAUUGUGAAAUUGGAGGGGCUGCGUAUAGAAAGGGAAAGGACAGCAGCCCUGAAUACAAAACCACCUGACUGCAUUUCUUUCUCACAUGCACUCACUCAGUAGAUGUGGCAGUUGUAGCUAAUAUGUCACACCCACUUCUAAUUUCUAUUUUUUUAUUUUUUCUGGAAUACAGAUUUUGUGUACAGUAUAAUGUUACAAAUAUCAUAAAUAUGAAUUGCAUAGUCAGAUACCAAAUAUGCAAUGGAGGGUGGUGUUAGGAAAGUAUGAGGAAAUAUACUACGAAUAAGAUUGUCAUGUUUUUACCAGUUUAAAGGAUUUAGGAGCAUCAAUGAAACAAUGAUGUGUGUUUUUAAAAUAGACAAUGAUUCAGAAUGGGACAGAUUGUGGCCUGAGUGCAUUAUCAAAGGGAUCGUUUAAUUUGACCCGUUUUGGCAGUGCACCGUAAAACUGGCCAAGCUCUGAUGGAAGCCGAUUGGCUAAUCAUGCAGCAGGUCUGUGCAGCGGUAAUUUAGAGAGGGUGGAUUAAGGUGUGUAUGAGAGAUUGAGCUAUAGCAAGCCUCAGGUCAUUUUCCCAGGUAAUUUGUAACAUUUUGUCAUUGACAAGCAAUACAGGGUAGAGGAAAGAGCUCGAGCACUCACCCUAUUUUGGUGGAAGUGAAUUUUGUGUCCAUCUGCGCCCGGCAUUAUGGAGUGUCACUUGCAUUUUAGAUCUGUGGCGCUUUGUGCUAAAAUAGGAGCUAUGGAAGGUCAGGGAUGUGGAGAUGGCUGUCAGGACACUUGGGCGUUAAUGGUGAGGGAAGGGUGGACGGGGGGACAGAGACAUGCCCCUGGGCAGUCAUUACCAAGGGUGGGAGGGGGGUCACACUCUUGGAGCAGAACUAAGGAUAGUGAAGUCCAGGAGGGGGCUCUGAGCUGUGGAUGCGGAAGGAAGGAAGGUAGGUCUGCCAGGUUUACAGCUCCAUGGGUGUGUGAAGGGGCUUCUCCUCGCUCUGCACUGUGUUAAUAAGUUGCCCUGGCACUGUGGUUUGUGCGUGUCUCGCCACGUUAACAAAGACCCUCAGGUGGAGAGAUGAAGCACAGCAGUGUGACUCUGAAAUACAAAUGAGAGACCUGACCUGUUUACUCUCACUUGAGGUUCAUCAGCUCUCAUUCAGUGGGGAUUUCUCUACAGCCUCCCAGUCUGAGAGAAUGGCCUUUAACUAAUUGUUAUUAGUUAAAGGCCAUGUGCAGAUAAAUAGGCUCUGGUAGGGAUAUCAGGGCCUGUAGCGUACGACGUUGCCAAGCCAGGGCUCAUUCCAAGAGCUAAGCUCAUUUGGCAUGCCCUCUCUGUGCUCCGUGAAGUGAGAGAUUGCUUUAAGAUUAGCCUGCCUAUUGUUUGGCUAGCUGACUUUGUUUGCUUGUGUUGUUUUGUGGGGACUGAUUGCCUGUGAUGUUUUGUACCCCUCCGCAGCGCUUAUCAGAUCGUGGUGGAGGAGCUGAACCCACAUCGCACACGCAGGGAGGCCAGCUCCGUGGACUGCUACCAGGUCCCAGUCCCCUUCCACAGUGCCUCCAGUGGUGGCUCGCCUUAUUACUUUGCGGCAGAACUGCCACCAGGGAACCUUCCCGAGCCCUCUCCGUUCACGGUGGGCGACAACAAGACUUACCAUGGCUUCUGGAACCCUCCGCUCGCCCCCAGGAAGAACUAUAAUAUCUACUUCCAGGCCGUCAGCAGCGUGGAGAAGGUGAAUAUACACCACACUUUGUCAGCCAAUAGGACGCUCUAAUGUUCCCUCAUUGGGUUAUUAGGGUUUUAAAUAAGUGUCUUAAAACUGAUUUGUGCAUUGUGGAGCAUUGUUUUCCACUCCACCCCCCUUUGAUACCCUACUAUUGUUCAUUAGUUUCCCUUUUAUCUAGUUUGUUCCUGUUUCUCAUGUUGCACUCUAUUUUUAUUAUUUUCAUUUAUUUUCUUUCAAAGGAAACAAAAACACAAUGUCUGAGACUUGCAACAAAAGGUAAGACUUUAUUCUUUUUGCUUAUUUGUACAACAAUAAAAGUCCUUCUUGCCCAGUAUCAAUUAAUUGACUGUACAUUACAGUUGGAUUUCAAUCACAUUUCUCAGUAGCCAAUAAAUGGCCACUCUCUUGCGCCGAUAAAGAACUGUUACGUGAUAAUGCAUGUGUCACUUUAUCUUCCAAGAGAAGUGUCGUGCAGCGAGGAUCUGGAUUGAGGCGGAAUUAAGGAAAGCUUAUUUAUUUGUGAUAUUUGCGCUUGUAAAGCACCUUGCUCUGGCGAACAGCUUGUGUCUGUGAGAACAGGGGGCUAGCAGUGGCAAUCCUUCUGAUUUAACAGACAGAGAGAGCGAGAGCUCACUGGUUUUUAUCAUAAACCCAUGCUGUUGGUUUUUAGUGAUUAAAUUGAUACAAUUCAUACAGUGCCAGCUCAUCCGUGACGUAAAUCGAAGGGAAAUAGGUUGGCGAUUUAUGGACUCUGAUCUCUGGCUUUGCACUAUUGAAAUUACCUGCAUUAUAGAUUAUGGACAACAUUUAUGCUGAACAUGCAUUUUCCGAAGUGCAUUGGAGUUACUGGCCAAGUUAUUCAAGUGCUUAUGGUCAUGUCUCUGACUACAAUGAAUUAAAUGGCCAGUAAGUUGAGCUUCAGUAUCUCAUUCAAAAGUUAGUUGGCUAGGCUAAAUAGUACAAUAGUCCCAUCAAGUCAUCAGGACAUUGAGAUCCACCAUACUCCAGCAACAACUUUAUUUCCACAAGAAUGUAUGAAAACUAGGAGGUAUGAAACUAGCCAAAUCCUACAGUUUUUCAGUGGAGAGCUAUAUGAAGAUAUUGCUAAUGGCAAAACAUCUCAUGAUCUCGGAUGUCAGCUAAGGUGGCUGCUAAUGCUAAUAUGCCAGAUGUGACUGUACCAUGUAUUAACUCCAUAGUCACCCAUCAAUAACACUAAGCCUGAAAAAAUCAUCUUAGCUACAUCAGGUUUCUGCUAUACUAGGCUUGCUAGGAAUGACAAGCUUCCAUCUACUACAUGACAUCACAGAUAGAUAGAAUAGAACAGGUUCCAACAUGGAACUCAUUAUCAGUGAUGAUGUCACCCCGAAGGGUGUAAUACUACCAUAGAUUAAUUUAGCUUUAUUUCUAUGCUUAUCAAUUAGACUCAUAUUUAUGCAUUUUAUUGUUUGUGUGUUUUUCACGUAUCCCAGUAAUACAGUGCUUAAUAAUCUGUUAAUAAUUUUUGAACAGCCAAGCUUAGAAAUCAGCCCACAUAUGCUAUUAGAUUAUCAGAUGUGGAAAGUGCUGUAUUUAUAAUCCCUAAACAGCUGGCUAUGCAUUAACACACCAGGGGUUGGAUUUGUUGUGCCUUUCAAAGAUCGGAGAGACAGUAAUAUUGUUUAUACUGUACUCUCAUAUAGACCUUUUUUGUUAUUAUUACCGGAUUUAGCUACGUUUGGUAUUCUCCUUCUCCCUGUCAUGAAACUGCCGAGCCCUAGUGGAUGUGACACUGACAACAAGGGCACACAUAAUUGUGACACUAAUAAAAGUCAUUCACAGUUAAGUCACUUCAUACUCUAAGAGCGUGUUGAUGUGGCCAAUGGGUUAUCUCUGUCUCUGUCAUAGCCAUGAUGAAACAUAUUGCACAAUCUUUCUAUCCUCCCUUAACAAUGUUGUUUAGUCCUAACAAUAACCUGCCCUUGUCCUGCUCAGAAAUUCAAUUAUCCCAGUGUGUGUCCACUUGGAGUAUAUGUAGUCUUUGCCCACUUGUGCCGGUCUCACUCAAUCACUCACGCUUUCCAUCCUUGAUACAUUAAAUGCCAGAAGUGCUCUCAUUCUCUGAAUUGAAAACCACCUUAAUUGCCCUAACUUAAUUGGGAAUGAAAGUGUUGUUGUUUUUUGGUUGUACUUUUUGUCAUUAAUUGUUUCAAAAGUGCAUUGGCCCGGAGGUUGUCAUACCAAUCCAGACAGAAUUUGAUAAGGGCUCCGCCGUGUAGCCCACUAUUAGGAAUGAAAAUAGAUUUUCAUUUUAAGCAGUGAGUUUUAUCUUGGAAAUGGUUGUAAUCCAAUUCCAUUUGAUUUUCCUCCGGUAUUUUUUCAUGAAUAUAUCUCAUAAACUCUGACAGAAACAUAAGUAUUCUUGAGGCGAGAUGGGGAUUAUGUCUCAAGCAAUACCUUAAAACAUUUGACACCGGGCUGCAGAACUGAUUAAUAACCUUUUAACUGGUGUCAACAUCUAUUGUGAAACCUGCUCCACUAGCAAGGCUAUUGUUUUUCUUGUUGCGCUCGAUAUUACAUUUGUUAUAGUGCUCUUGAUGGCAUAGUCUGGCUGUUGCAUGUAAAGCAUUGAGUGGAUUAGUGUGUGUUAUAUGCCUAUGAGAUGAUUUAAUACUGCUGUUUUACAAUCUAGUAAAGAAACAGGAGAAAGAGUGACAUAUUUAUGUGACAUCUUCUCUUUGCCCCAUAAUAUUGCUGCAAUGAUAAGCAACCAUUGACAGAAAAACACAUAACUCUAUUAUAGCAAUGACUUGGUUAGUUUUUUAUCACCAUGGGGUCAAGUUCAAGCAUACUCUGAGCAGAUCCAAACAAUCUAGUCUGCUCAGUUAAUUUCACAGAUCUUUUCCAGAAUGUGUUUGAAACUGACUGUAAAUACCAGAAAAUGGUUUCUGUACCAUCAUUUUCCUGGGUACAAUAGCAUGGCUAAAGUGAGGGUGAAAGAGCUGUCAAACAGAGAGAAGGGAGAGGAGCUGUAGGUGUUUAAGUGUUGAAGCCAGCGGCGUGGCCAGUGGAUGACAACGUGAGAGACAAGGACAGUUUGUCCUGCUCCUUUGGGACACAUGUUCUGUAGAUGUCCAUUGCCUUCCAACCUGAUAGAGAGAGGGAGAUAUUUGGAGAGGCACACGGGAGUCGGGGGGCUCACUGUCAAGCACAACAGACAGUCCCAAAGGGCCUGCCCCCCUCGCUUCUAUAGCCCCCCAUACACUGACAGAGAUCUGGGUUUAAACCCCAGAGACGACCUCCUUCCUGCUACAUACAUCCAGCCUUCUGUUCCUAGAUGUGUUUUAGUGGCUGUUAGAUAUGCUCUCUAAGGUGGUUUCAUCCAUCCACAACAUGUUAGGGAUCACUCUGAUCACAAAUUAUGUUUUACGAGCAAAACAGAUUAGUUUCAGGAAAAAAGAUGGCUAUGGGACCACCAAACACUCCAACACAGUCUUUCCAACUGAAAUAGUCAGUUCGCUCUAUUUGUAAAGGUUAUCGCAACCUGCUCACCGAGGGUGGGGGAGGGGGGCAGGGUUGGUAGUGUGGUAGUGGUGGUAGUCUGUCUUAGUAUGUGGUCUGAGGAAGAUUGUUCUUGCCCCAGGGUGGUGAGUUAGUGAAAUACAGAAUAGUGGUCCAUCUAGUGACACAGAUGCCAGCUUGUUGUUUUCUCCCUUGAUAGAAACUAGGCCAUUGAAUUGACCCUGAGGAAUAAUGGCUUGAGUGCAGGCUGAAGAUGGGCUUUGCCCAGGCAUACAUUUCUGUGCCAUUGUAUCAGUCUCCGUAAAGACCUUCCGUUUGAUCUGUGGAUGGAUGAGAUGGGAGUCGUCGUAUCUUCCAUUCCUUUCACUGCUAGGAAACUCUACAUCUGUUGGUUAUCAUUCAGCUAUUGACAUAGAAGGGCUACAUUAUUAUAUUAAUGAAUUACUAGGUUCAGCGUUGUAUAGGGAUAUAAUUAUCCUUUGACAUCAUAUUUGCCCUGAAGGUCGGAGUGCAGGGGUCAGGAGAUAUUCGACUUGCAUCAAGAAAAUACAUAUAUUUUUGAAAUUGUACAAUGGUCUCAGUCUACUGUAGGAAGGGCAUUUCACUAAGUGCUAGGGGACUGUAAAAGGAAGGAUUAUGCUUUACUUGGGUUUUUAUGUAUUUUGCAUUAGAAAGAGGAUUAUUGUGUUUGAAUAUCUCAAAAGCAAAAUAACAUAAUAUAUCAGCAACAAUAUCAAUGUAGAGAUAUUUAGAUUUUUUUCUUGCUUUUAUGAUUUGGUACAUAGUUUUGUGUUGGUUCACCUUUGACAGUAUUUACGUAUGCCCCUAUUUGUAAACAGUUUAGCAAAUAACGUUGUGUACUAGGAUAUCAUAUUCGAUUAUUUGUUUUAUAAUGAGUAUUCAAACCCAAUGCUUUACAGAAGUUAAUGGCUUUGAAGAUUUUGAAAAUAUUAAAAGAACGCAGAUAGCGAAUUUAUGCUUGUAAUAUCUUGUGGGACCAUGGGGGUAUGAAACAUAAUUAGAAAUUAAAUUCUGAAGGCAUUUAGAAGAAAACCCAAUUUAAUCAGGACAUUAGUGUGUGUAGAACCAGUGCACAAAGAUAUUAAACGGUAAUGGGACUAUGAAUGUAUUUAAAUAUGAGUAGGCUAUUGGUCUUUGUCUUUUUAUGUGUUUGUGCUCAAAUCAUUGCUGUGACAUGAGGUGGUAUGGCUCAAUCUGGAAGAUGUCCUCAGUAAAUGGUGAAGUGUAUAUAUCAUCAUGUGUGAUGGGAACACAAUGUCUGUGUAGUGGACCACCAUCUGGUCAACUGAAGUAAUCAUUAUGGUCAAACUUUAUGGUCAAACAUUAUGAUCAAAGAAAAGUAUAGUUCUGCUGGAAGAGACUCACUUUUGCACUAUGCCCUUUCAAGUGUUGUAUUUCACGGUCAAAACUACAACAAUCGUACACUGUAUUAAUUGACCUUUGUUUCUAACCUGUCACCUAGGAGCUACAGAGGAACCAGAGGUGAUCCCGGACCCAGCCAAGCAGACAGACAGGGUGGUGAAGAUCGCUGGCAUCAGUGCUGGGGUGCUGGUUUUCAUCCUACUGGUGCUGGUGGCCAUCCUUCUGGUCAAGAAGAGGUGAGUGGAGCAUCGUAAACAGUAAAGACUGUGUUACUUGCUCAAUGUGAGCAUAGCAUACCUACACACAUACACACCAUUAGAACGCUGUACUCCAUCCCAUGCCAUCAGCAUAACCAUGACUCACAGUGGAGGCUGGGUCAGGACUAUCAGACAGCCUACACAAUGAGGGAGGAGAGGGGGGUGAGAGGAGGGAUGGGAGAGGGGUGAGAGGAGGAGACAAGAGACUACAGUAUUGUAUGUUAUUGUUUAUGGAGUGCCAAGACUAUGUGUAACGCUGUUUUACCAGGGUUUGUCAUAACAGGGUUUGGUAGAGAGUUGGAUUGAGUUUCAAGGGGAGGCAGGCAGAGUACUGGACUUGAAUUAGAUGAGGACCCAUAAGGCUUAUCUCUCUGAGCAGCACAGUGAAUUUAGGAGCAUACAGAUUUCCCCAGGUUUUCUUAAAAUGUUCAGAGAAUUUCAUCUUUAUAUCUGAAGUGGCUGAUCUGAAAAGCCAUGUAACAUACCCAGGAUUAUUUGGCUUUGCUGAAUUUUGGAGGUGAUGUGAACUCACACAAGUGCAUACCAGUGGUGAACAAUGCUAAUAGACUUUGCUUUGCUGAGAAGUGGAACAUUUCUUUGAAGUCUUUGAGAGGUGUCUUAUACUUUAAUAGGUAUUCCGAUGUGUUUUACUGUGGUUUUUCACUGCAGCUUAUUAAGAUUGCUGCUUUUAUGCUGUUUUUACAAAAAAAAGUGGACAGCUUUUUGUUGAGGGUUGCAUUCAGGAUACAUACUGUAACAACAAUAUUGAGCUGUGCUCAGUUUGUGCUUGCCUCAAGUUCAUUCAUUUUGUCACUCGCUUACCUCAUCCCACUCAGUAAUGCUUGGAGCUGCUUCAUUCAAAACUUAUUCAGAAUAUUGUUUACUGCUUGGUACAGUAUAGCUAUAUGUAUCUUUCCUGGCCUUUAUUUUGUAGGAUUUGACUAUGGUGACCAUCUAAAUUCAUCAAAGUCAAUAAUUGGCUAACUAACAGGUCCCAGCUAUUCCAAAUAGAUAACUACUGAUGCAGACAGUGGAUUGAGCCUAUAUUAAUUCCUGUGCUAUCUAGGAUUAACUGUUAGUGGAAUUGAUUAAGUCCAAGCUCAACAUAAAUUUUACUCUACUAUACUUUUCUGUUAGUAUUCAUAAACAUUUCCCUACUUGGACAAGUUAUGGGGGAAUGGACUGUAUUUUGGAAGGUUAUGGGCUAAUAUACAAUCCGAAACCUUUGAUGUUGUCUAAAUGCUACUUUUCUUUUUAGUCAUGGAGGCUUUACUACGAAGAAUUGGUCAGUCAGGUGUGUACACACACACACACGCACACGCACGCACACACACACACACUUGUUUUACUAACCUUGUAGGGACACACAAUUGAUUCCCAUUCAAAAUGAUAUUUUCCGUAACCCUAACCUUAACCCUAACCUUAACUCCAAAACAUCAACUUAACCCUAAACCUAACCUUUAACUCCUAAACCUAAUUCUAACCCUAACACAAAUUCUAACCCUAACCCUUAGAAAUAUAAUUUUUCCUUGUGGGGACUGGCAAAAUGUCCCCAGUUGGUCAAAUGUUUGUUUGUUAGUUUACUAUUCUUGUGAGUACUUCUGGUCCCCACAAGUAUAAUUAAACAUGUCCACACACACACACACACACACACACACACACACACACACACACACACACACACACACACACACACUCACACUCAGUUGGGGUCAUGCAAAGGAGGCAGGUUGCAGAGAUCAGGGUGAGUCUGGGGCCUUGAGAGAGCAAAUUAUGUUGUGCUGUAAUUACUUUGUGAACCUCCUAUUGAUUUUGUUCAGUUUUUCAGAUAAGGUUUUAUAAUGAACACUGGCAAACUGAACUGUCUCCAGCACCUGUGAUGAAUGCUUUGGAAAGAAAUUGAUAUUGUUUUAAAGGGAAAAAAUAAAUAACUUAUCCUCAGUCGGAGCACAUCUCUACAUGCUGAUCAGGUUUAGCAGGAACGAUGUGUGAUGUGUGGAGAGGAGCCGUUACCCUGCACACCCUUUGUCUCUCUUUGUAUGACACAUGGCACCAUCGUGUGGCCAUUUAGCAGAAUGAUUGUUUGAAAUUCACCCUAUAGAACCCUAUUACCAUGUACUGUAAGUAAGAAUAUACUUAUUUGUUAUCUCACAUAUUUAACAAAGAUUCUGACACCCACAUACAAUGCAUGGGUCAUUGAUGAAAGCUUUUUCAACCAAUGUGUUUUCAGGUUAGAUUUACACAGAAGUGAGCUACACAAUAUCUAAUCAUCCAGGUUAAACAAACACAUCCCAAUGAACUUGAAUGACAUUAGUGCCUAUCAUCUGUAGGGUUCAGGAGAAGUGUAUUUGAAUGAGAUUGAUGAAUGAGAGGUGUUUAUACACCUGUUCCUGAUAGAGAUAUCUGUAACGUUGUGGUUCUGUUCACAGUGUUGGACAGUCAAGCGGUGCCUGUGACUGCUGAUGAGUGAGGAUUUCAAAUGAAUCUUAAUUGGCAGAGCAGCCUCUGUGUCUCUGUAGAUGUUCUGCCAAUUAGGGCAUCGUUCCUAACGACCACUGCUCAUUUACAGCCGUCUCCCUCCUAAUUUCCCCUGCCAUCCCCCUUCCAUACCCCGAUCCAUAACCUUUCAACUUCAGAGAAAUCUCAUUCUGCCAAAUCUCAUUCUGCCACAGGUCAUUCCUUAGCUCCAUUCUUUCCCCCUCUUUCCCUUCCCUCACGCUUUUUCUCCUCCAUUUUCUUCACCGGGUAUUUUUGAUUUAGUGGAGCUGGUCCAGGCUUGCUUUGUGGAGAUAAAAGGAAAAGGUCAGGUUAUAAAGUGAGUCUUUUCUCCCUGGUCAUGAGUGACAGACAUGGGUUGAGUGAUAAUAACAAAGUUUCCCUUUCUCUGAUAUUGAAAGAAAGUUACUUUUCAUCGAUGCUCUUCUGGAUCAAAACUAAAGGAGUGACUUUUGAAUUAUAGUUAAGUAUGCUACAGUAAGUCUGGCAUAUUCAAACCCCUUUGUUCAGUAUUACAAACAAUUGGUUUGUGUUGGUUUGGUGUUGGUGUACUAUAGUAGUUGCACAGUAUUUCAUGUUUUGUAAUAGAAUCUAUUCCCUGUGGUUUAGAAUAUUUUUCAGAGAGGUGGGAGGGGGUUCAUUUCAUUGAAUGCUUUUCAUAUAAGCCAUUGGCAUUAAUUGCAGCGCCUGCUUUUGAGUUUUUGGAUGGCUUCCUGGUUUGUAAUUUCAGCCUGAAAAAGGACUGGGGUUUGGAGCGAUAGGGCACAUUGAGUGCUAAUGAGCCAUAAACUCCUAAUCCCAUUGGAAUGGAUUAAAAGUACUGAUGGUAAUUGAAUUCUGAAAUAUGACUAAUGUCCCUUUGUCCCCAAAGUAAAGAGAAAGCUUGUGAAAAUCAAUAAAAUAUGGAUUUGUUUUGGAACUAGUUAGCUUAACGUGUUGUGGAUGUCUUGAAUGUAGUUAAUGGUGUUGGUGUAAUAGUCAACAAGGUGUAGUAAUCAACUAGACAUCCUCUCAGUCGGUCUAUUCUACAGAUAAUUAGAGGUCUAUUUCUCUCUCUCUCACACACACACUGUGUCUCAAUCUCUCUUCCUCUUGUUAGUUGCACCGAGUUUCUUUUCUUCCGAAAUCAGGUGACCAGUAGAUUAGAACUCAAUGAUAUACUUAAGCAAUAAGGCCCGAGGAGGUGUGGUAUAUGGCCAAUAUACCACGGCUAAGGGCUGUUCUUAAGCACGACGCAACGCAGAGUGCAUGGACACAGCCUUUAACCGUAGUAUAUUGGCCAUAUACCACAAACCCCCGAGGUGCCUUAUUGCUAUUAUAAACUGGUUACCAAUGUAAUUAGAGCUGUAAAAAAAUGUUUUGUCAUACCCGUAGUAUACGGUCUGAUAUACCACAGCUGUCAGCCAAUCAGCAUUCAGGGCUUGAACCACCCAGUUUAAUACAAGUUAAUGAAGUGGAUAUUGGAAUCUCGUAGUUGCUUUGCACGGAAACAAUCGAGGUUGAAGCCAAAACAUAAAUGCAGUGGCAACAUUUGUAUGCUUCUUUUAUUUUCAUUUUACUUGCACACUAUCUUCAAUUACACAUUUAUUUUCAUUUUCAUUUAGGAAAGUUGAUAUCUGAUGAUUACAUUACAAACACUAGUUACUUAGGAGAUCAAUACUUAUGGGCAAGACACAUCUCAUUGAUCUAAUACAAUAAUGAAUCUGUGGUUCCCUUAUUGAACUGAACCUAUAAAAGAUACUGCAUCUUUAAAAUGGUGGUCCAUGACAUUGCUUGUUUUCCAGGUAGCAAGAAGCUUGUUCUUUAGUAUGGCGCAAUUUGUUUUGCAGCUGUGUUUAUCCACGAUGCUUGUCAAUACUUUUCUUUUCAUAUGUAACACCAUAGCCUAAAUCUAAUGAUAAUAGUUUUGUGAGUCCAUAACACCAACAGUCAAUCUUAAGACUGUCUGACUGUCCAUGUGAAUGAGACAGUAUUUAAUGCAUGACAUUAAUGAUUCCGCCCAAUUCCAAAUUCAACCAGAACAAAAUAUGAACUAUUUGCAUAUUUGUAAUUAAAAUAAUUUUCUUGCACACUAUCUUCAAUUACACUGGAACAUAAAACUGCAUGCAGCUCAAUUUGAAUGCAUGUAAAAAUGAAAUUCUAACAUUAGGAAGUUAAUUCAUAGAUUUAAUUUUGUUGUCUUGCACUUUUUUCUGCUUUUGUUGAUCCGACUGAUUCACACUUUGCAUUCACCAAUAUUUCUUUAUCCUGCUGUCUCUGAUUUGCGUACCAGGAGGAGCUACUAUUCUUACUCAUAUUACCUGUAAGUAAACAGACAAACAACAACAACAACAACAAAACAGAAACAAACAAACCCAAAAUACAAUGAGUGCACUUGUCCUUGAUUAGUUAUGUAGUGUUUUAAAGAUGCAGUAUCCUUUUUUCAAGUGAAAACGCAUAUCGCUCAGAACCAAUUGCCAUUGCCAUUGACUAGCUCAAACAUGCUUCGAAACACUCUCCAAACCAAAGUCAUGAUGACCAAAAGCGGUGUUAUUUGAAAAAAGAAUGCUGCACUUUGUGUCCUGUGUUCUAUCUGUGUGCAUGUGGUUGUAUGUCAGUAACUCAUGUAUUUCAUCACUCUUCUUCAUCUCCUGGGCCUCCUUUAUCCAUUGAAAGGAUAUAUACGGGGUAAACUGUGUGCCUCUACACGUGCACACUGCUUGUGUUGUAUGUCUUAAAUAUCUCAUAAGCCCUUUCCAAUUGGUUGCUCUGAAUGUUGGUUGCAGAAGGUUUCCUCUUUGGGUUGGUGUAGGUUAUUUUUCCGCUGUAGACAGUAGACAAUCAUCUCCACACUGUGGUGCUUUCCACUUCCUAAGAGCAAAAAAAUAAUAAUCCCCAAUCUGUUGUCCUGACAAGUCUGCCGAUGCUCUCACAUGCGCUCCCAUUCGACAUGCUUGCCAUUUCACCCUCACCUCUGUGAGAGUGAUUUUUUAUGCUACACAGGCCUCGCAUUUACCUCCACACUCCUCUCAUUUUUGUAUUUCUCACAAUCAUGUUUCAUUUCAUACCUAGAAGUGACACUCAAUCUCAAGUGAAUUCAAGUGAAUGAGUCUUUUCAGCAUUUCGGAGAUGAUUCCCCCGAUGCAAGAUAAUUUUGUAUGAUUUAUUUAUUUUUCUCUCAUGAAAAUGAAAUAUACUGUAUCAGCUUCGCAGUGACCAUCUUAUGCUGGCUUCGGAUAGUCCCUUAAAGCGAUGUUAGGAUAUCAAAUUUCUUAGCGCUGGGGGACAUUUAGCCAAUUAUAUCCUGUUAAAUUGGAAUAAUUGAACAGCUGAAAGUUACCAAUAAUUACAUUAAAAUUGUCAAUCUGUUUUUCCCAACGGGAAAGAGAGGUAUCCCACAGUUUGCCGCUAUCAAAGGUCAUUGAAAGGUAAAACAUGGAAACCAGAUAAUUUUCUCAUGGCUCUUGAUAAAUUGGAACCUGCUGUGCAUACCUAUUUUGGUCCCACUUCAAAUUUAUGAUGGGCAGAAAUGAGUAUAUUCUGCCUAUAAUUGUCAUUUUACUAGAACUGUAUGAAAUUAAACAAUUUGGUAUCUUUCUCCUGCUGUCCACCCAUCUGUCUCUUCUCUAGUACAAAGAGUCCUCCUUUCAAUUUCACUAGAGCGGCUGCUUAAUAACCUCAUCUCAGUGGUUUCAUCUAACUGCAAACUGCAAUCAGAGGAUCAUUUGUACUGCAGCACCUUUCUUCAGGGUGCUCGCAAAGUGGAAUUAGGAAGUAGGAAUAGAAUAGAGUGGGUAUGUGUUUUCAUCGCAGUACUCUUUUUUACAAUACAAAUGUAGAGAAACCGGCACAGUCGUAAUUGCCCUUGAAAUAAAAGCCUCCCAGUCUUGCAGGUGUUCAAUCAGCUUUUCUCAACCAGGGGCCAAUGAGGGAGUGCGUACACAAUCAGUUAAAUCGGUCAAACCCCAUUAACCCCAUCUAUUCCUGUCCAGAUGAAAGUAUAAUGAGACAAUCAACCAAACAGUGAGUCCCCAUUUUUCAGAAUGUCUUGUCAGAGCCCAGAUUGGGGAUGCCAUGUGGCAAUAUUUCUUCUACAGUAAGUACCGAAGGAUAUUUGACCCUAAGAAUACAGUAUUUGUGGGGUUUGCACAUAUUAUUGGAUGAAAACACCAUUUAAAAAAGGCGAUAUGUGGAAGCCAAACCAGUGGUCUGUUGUCAUGGAGAUAAGCUUUUCUCUUUCAUCUCUUUCUCUUUAGUCUUUCCUGUAAAUAAUCGUCGACAAGGUAUUUUUGUGAUAUUUAAACCGGUUUGUCCGAUCCUUCAGGAAACUGGCCAAGAAGCGCAAAGACGCCAUCGGGAAUACUCGUCAGGAAAUGACCCACAUGGUUAAUGCCAUGGACCGCAGUUAUGCUGAUCAGAGCACACUACAUGCUGAGGAUCCCAUGGCUGUCACAUUCAUGGACUCCCACAAUUUCAGCAACAGAUGUAAGUAUAAUAGUCCCUCCACAGAUCCCUGGGAAACACCUCCCUCAACAGACACAUGAUACAUGUAAGAAAGCCUCCUGACAGUGAGAUCAGAGGAGGCUGGUGGGAGGAGCUAUAGGAUGACGGGCUCAUUGUAAUGGCUGGAAAGGAGUCAAUGGAAUGGUACCAAACACAUCAAACACAUGGAAACAACGUGUUUGACUCUGUUCCAUUGAUUCCAUUCCAGCCAUUACAAUGAGCCUGUCCCCCUAUAGCUCCUCCCACCAGCCUUCUGACAGUUAGAUAACCCCUCUGCCUUACAAUGGAAAAGGCCUUAUUACAGAGAAGUGUCCUAUAAGACAGGCUCUGACGAGAGGCGUUAAGUUAUACCUUACAUGUUUUUACUUUAAUGGCAUUUAUUCAUAUCUUGGGAAUUUCCUUUUAUGCAUUUUAAUGAUUUGAACCGUUGGUGCAGGAUAUUUUGGUAGAAUUUACUUCUAUUCUUAUGCUCUGUUCAUCUUGCCCCUGGUACUUUAUCAUUCAGUAGUGUGCUGCAGCUUACUCAAGCCUUCUGGAAUGUUCCUCAUAAGAUUUUUUUCCCUACAGUGCCUAAUGAUCCACUUGUGCCAACGGCAGUGCUAGGUGAGGCCCUGGUGCUAUGUCAUCUGCCCUGCCAUGGCUUGUGUUCCUCAUGCAUAUGUCGUUGUCACAGUCCUGUAGCCGUCCAUUGUAAACCUGUAGCUGUUCCAUUGUCUCUGUAUUAAGUCUGUGUAGUCAGUCACAAUUCACGAUAGCCUUGAGAAUUUAUCACUGUCAGAAUGACUGGCCUCCACAUUCACUUAUCCAGUAAGGGGGAUAAAAUAGGAAUUGUUUCCAGAUUGUAGAUUUCCCCUGGCUGCCAGUAUAAAGCACUUGGCCCUCAGCCAUGGUAGAGUGGAGAUGUGGUAGUCCUCCAGUGAACAGAUGAGCUAACCCUUCAGGGUUUAGAACCAACCCAUGAGCCGUUGGAUUGAAGCUAAACCCCAUUCAGAGACUCACUGUAUGCAUUGCAACUGUCUACAAGCUCCAUAUCCUGCUCAGGGCAUUGGUUAAGAGAUGAAGAGGGAAAACAAAUUCAAACUAAAGUGAAGAUUGAUAUAUGACGGAUACAUUCACCUGAGCCCCAACCUGAAGAUCAACCUCCUACAUAACACUGUUAUAGAAUGAAACCAGUCAUCCUGUCAUUGUGUGUAAGUCCAUAGCGUCAGACAGACUUUGUGAGCGGGUGCCAUUUUACAACACCCUCAGCCCCCCUGGGACUUGUCUCUGCCUGUGGAGAGUCAAAAAACACAUCUGACAGUUUCUAUGUAAUGGAGUUCAGUGUUCACUCAUGGCAUCAGGAAGGAGAGUGUUAGACACGGUGACACUAGACACGGUGUAGUCCACACUGAAAGAACAAGCAAGCAACCGCUGAGGGUCUUUACGGCUCACUGAAAACCUGAGUUUGAUGGGGAAUUAAAAUGCCCCCUCAGGCCAGUGUGCUUGCUGUGAAAAUGUCUUAUUUUAGCUCUGUGUUGUCGCUGGGCUUGGUAAUAGGAAGUGAAGGGUGCAGUUCAAACCGUGACUCAAUCUAUCAUGUUAGGACAGAAUUAAGAAAUACUAAUUUGCUAAUGAGUCAAAAUGUCAGCUUAGAUAGUCUCUACUCUAGAGUGCAGCAGUUCUCUCACAAGCUUAGUGUCACUCCUCCUAGAUCCCGCCCACUGCAGAAGUGUCUGUCAGUCUGCCAUAGCUUUCUAGAAAGCCAUUUGCAAAUGUGUAAGAAAGUCAAUGUUGUGUUUUGGUCAUGUAGUACAGUCAAAUCUGUCGUCAUUGUUUGGUGAUCACUUCCACCACCCUAACGUUCCAGUCAUGUCACGUCUUUAUAUAUAUAUAUUAAAUAUAUAUAUUAUAUAUAAAAAAUAUAUAUAAUAUCACACACAUAUAUAUAUAUACACAUAGGUAUAUAUGUGUAUAUAUGUAUAUAUAUGCAUAUAUAUAUACACAUAUAUGUAUGUGUGUAAUAAUGUGUAUAUAUGUGUGUGUGUGUGUGUGUGUAUAUAUAUAUAUAUAUAUAUAUAUAUAUAUAUAUAUAUACAUAUAUAUAUACCAUAUAUAUACAUAGUAUAUAUUGUAUAUAUAUAUACACAUAUAUAUAUAAGCACAUAUAUAUAUAUGUAUGUGUGUAUAUAUGUGUGUAAUAAUGUGUAUAUAUGUGUGUGUGUGUAUAUAUAUAUAUUUUUGUCCAUUAAAAUAACGUCAAAUUGAUCAGAAAUACAGUUUAGACAUUGUUAAUGUUGUAAAUGGCUAUUGUAGCUGGAAACAGCUGAUUUUUAAUGGAAUAUCUACAUAAGCGUACAGAGGCCCAUUAUCAGCAACCAUCAGGCCUGUGUUCCAAUGGCACGUUGUGUUUGCUAAUCCAAGUUUAUCAUUUUAAAAGGCUAAUUGAUCAUUAGAAAACCAUUUUGCAAUUAUGUUAGCACAGCUGAAAACUGUUGUGCUGAUUAAAGAAGCAAUAAAACUGGCCUUCUUGAGACUAGUUGAGUAUCUGGAGCAUCAGCAAUUGUGGGUUCGAUUACAGGCUCAAAAGGCCCAGAUACAAAUAACUUUCUUCUGAAACUCGUCAGUCUAUUCUUGUUCUGAGAAAUGAAAGCUAUUCCAUGCGAGAAAUUGCCAAGAAACUGAAGAUCUCGUACAACGCUGUGUACUACUCCCUUCACAGAACAGCGCAAACUGGCUCUAACUAAAAUAGAAAGAGAAGUGGGAGGCCCCGGUGCACAACUGAGCAAUAGGACAAAUACAUUAGAGUGUGUAGUUUGAGAAACAGGCGCCUCACAGGUCCUCAACUGGUAGCUUCAUUAAAUAGUACCCGCAAAACACCAGUCUCAACGUCAACAGUGAAGAGGAAACUCUGGGAUGCUGACCUUCUAGGCAGCGUUCCAAAGAACUGGCCAAUAAAAAUAAAAUAUUAAGAUGGGCAGUCUGAGAUAUGGCUUUUUCUUUACAACUCUGCCUAGAAGGUCAGCAUCCAGGAGUCGCCUCUUCACUGUUGACGUUGAGACUGGUGUUUUACAUUGUAGAAUAAUAGUGAAGACAUCAAAACUAUGAAAUAACACAAAUGGAAUCAUGUAAUUACCAAAAAAGUGUUAAACAAAUCAAAAUAUAUUUUAUAUUUGAGAUUCUUCAAAUAGCCACCCUUUGCCUUGAUGACAGCUUUGCACACUCUUGGCAUUCUCUCAACCAGCUUAAUGAGAUAGUCACCUGGAAUCAAUUUCAAUUAACAGGUGUGCCUUCUUAAAAGUUAAUUUGUGGAAUUUAUUUCCUUCUUCAUGCGUUUGAGCCAAUCAGUUGUGUUGUGACAAGGUGGGGGGGUAUACAGAAGAUAGCCCUAUUUGGUAAAAGAUGAAGUCCAUAUUAUGGCAAGAACAGUUCAAAUAAGCAAAGAGAAACGACAGUCCAUCAUUACUUUAAGACAUGAAGGUCAAUCAAUACGGAAAAUGUCAAGAACUUUGAAAGUGUCUUCAAGUGCAGUCGAAAAUACCAUCAAGCGCUAUGAUGAAACGGCUCUCAUGAGGACCGCCACAGGAAUGGAAGACCCAGAGUUACCUCUGCUGCAGAGGAUAAGUUCAUUAGAGUUACUAGCCUCAGAAUAUGCAGCCCAAAUAAAUGCUUCACUGAGUUCAAGUCACAGACACAUCUCAACAUCAACUGUUCAGAGGGGACGGUGUAAAUCAGGCCUUCAUGGUCAAAUUGCUGCAAAGAAACCACUACUAAAGGACACCAAUAAUAAGAAGAGACCUGCUUGGGCCAAGAAACACGAGCAAUGGACAUUAGACCGGUGGAAAUUUGUCCUUUUGGUCUCCAAAUUUGAGAUUUCUGGUUACAACCGCCAUGUCUUUGUGAGAUGCGGUGUGGGUGAACGGAUGAUCUCCGGAUGUGUAAUUCCCACCGUAAAGCAUGGUGGAGGAGGUGUUAUGGUGUGGGGGUGCUUUGCUGGUGACACUGUCUGUGAUUUAUUUAGAAUUCAAGGCACACUUAACCAGCAUGGCUACCACAGCGUUUUGCAGUGAUACACCAUCCCAUCUGGUUUGGGCUUAGUGGACAAUGACCCAACACACCUCCAGGCUCUGUAAGGGCUAUUUGACCAAGAAGGAGAGUGAUGGAGUGCUGCAUCAGAUGACCUGGCCUCCACAAUCCCCCGACCUCAACCCAAUUGAGAUGGUUUGGGAUGAGUCGGACGGCAGAGUGAAGGAAAAGCAGCCAACAAGUGCUCAGCAUAUGUGGGAACUCCUUCAAGACUGUUGGAAAAGCAUUUCAGGUGAAGCUGGUUGAGAGAAUGCCAAGAGUGUGCAAAGCUGUCAUCAGGGCAAAGGGUGACUCUUUGAAGAAUCUCAAAUUUAAAAUAUAUUUUGAUUUGUUUAACACUUUUUUGGUUACUACAUGAUUCCAUAUGUGUUAUUUCAUAGUUUUGAUGUCUUCACUAUUCUUCUACAAUGUAGAAAAUAGUAAAAAAUAAAGAAAAAAUAUUGAAUGAGUAGGUGUGUCCAAACUAUUGACUGGUACUGUAUAUAUGUGUGUGUGUGUGUGUGUGUGUGUGUGUGUGUGUGUGUGUGUGUGUGUGUGUGUGUGUGUGUGUGUGUGUGUUGUGUGUGUGUAUAUAUAUAUACCCUACCUUCAAAAGUUUGGGGUCACUUAGAAAUGUCCUUGUUUUCCAUGAAAACAUACAUGAAAUGAGUUUGAAUAGGAAAUAUAGCAAAAUAUAUAGGAAAUGUAGUUAUUGACAAGGUUAGAAAUAAUGAUUUUUAAUAGAAAUAAUAAUUGUGUCCUUCAAACUUUGCUUUCGUCAAAGAAUCCUCCAUUUGCAGCAAUUACAGCCUUGCAGACCUUUGGCAUUCUAGUUGUCAAUUUGUUUUGCAGGUACUAUUUAAUGAAGCUGCCAGUUGAGGACCUUUGAGGUGUCUAGUUUAGUAGUACACACCGUUGUACGAGAUCUUCAGUUUCUUGGCAAUUUCUCGCAUGGAAUAGCCUUCAUUUCUCAGAACAAGAAUAGACUGAAGAGUUUCAGAAGAAAGUUAUUUGUUUCUGGCCAUUUUGAGCCUGUAAUCGAACCCACAAUUGCUGAUGCUCCAGAUACUCAACUAGUCUCAAGAAGGCCAGUUUUAUUGCUUUUUAAUCAGCACAACAGUUUUCAGCUGUGCUAACAUAAUUGCAAAAGGGUUUUCUAAUGAUCAAUUAGCCUUUUAAAAUGAUCAACUUGGAUUAGCAAACACAAUGUGCCAUUGGAACACAGGACUGAUGGUUGCUGAUAAUGGGCCUCUGUACGCCUAUGUAGACAUUCCAUUAAAAAUCAGCCGUUUCCAGCUACAAUAGCCAUUUACAACAUUAACAAUGUCUACACUGUAUUUCUUAUCAAUUUGAUGUUAUUUUAAUGGACAAAAAAAUUGCUUUUCUUCUGAAAACAAGGACAUUUCUAAGUGACCCCAAACUUUUGAACGGUAGUGUAUGUGUGUGUGUGUGUGUGUGUGUGUGUAUACAUUUGUAUUAUAUAUGUACUACAAACCCUGUGUGCUAACUGUUUAUCUAGCUAAAAGCUCUUGUUUUUUUCUUUUCUUGCUGUCCUUAUUAUAAAGUGCCAAUUACCGGUAAGUGCAUGUGACCAGUGUGUGUGGAAAGUGUCCCAAAGUGUUUAAUGAAAUGAAAAGAAAUUGAUUGCCAGAGAACAUAUACUGGAUCUCAAUGCUAUUGUGUUAAUGAUUUAUCCAUUAAAUGGAUGUAUGUUUCAGUAACAGUAGCUGACUUCCCCUCCACUGACAGUAAAUUGUGCGGGGUCCUUAAACCGUGACUUAACAUUCCCCUAAACCUACAUUUGUGGGGUGGCAGUAGCUCAGGAGCUAGCCAAGCAGGAAGGAUGUAGAGCUCAUGGCUCAGUAGGUCAUGUGAUUGCCAGUAGGUCAGGCUGGGCUUUAGAGGGGUGUAGAUUCUUCCUAAGGAGAACCUGGGUCUCAACAGCCAACCACCUCACUUUCCCACACGCACGCCCACACACACUCACGCCGCACUCACAGACACACACACACACACUCAUCUCCUGUCUCCCGGGCAGGCUGUUAAAUGGUUGUGUGUCUGAGGGGUUGACAUGGUUCAGAUAAGACAUUAAAGGGCACAUAUGGUGCCUGUCAGGCCUGUGAGUCCAGCAUCUCUCCCCUGAAAGUGUCCUGCCCUCACACAGUCUUCACUGAGAGGCCCCUGUGUCUGUCCGUCUGUUUGUCUGCUGGGAAAGGCAGGCACACCACUCCUCGGCUGUAUCAAGCUCCGUCUUGCCCACUCACCAAGCUGACUCGACACGUCAGUGACUGCCAGGUGCCAUGUGGCUUACAUCCCUCACAGCUUAGCGGCCUCACUGGGGGGUUGCUUUAGAUAGAUAGUGUACUGGCAGGAGCCAUGUUAUUUGCCAGAAAGAAAAUGCUAUUUUUAUUUGCCAUUUUUGCUAGAAAAACAUGUAGGUUUGUAAGAGAAACACACCCAAUGUGGUUAUAAUAGGGGAUUCGUCAUGAUUUGCACACAGGCCAGAUAUGUGCUCUGUGAGUGUUUGUGAUUGUGAUGUUGAGUGAUAAUGCUCCUUCACAAGCCUGUGUAUUCCUCACCAACGUGUGAUUUCCCUGGACAGAUGAGAACCACACUGCAGCUGCUGCAGAGUCCAGUCGGCUGCUGGACGUCCCCCGGUACCACUGUGAGGGGACAGAUUCGCCCUACCAGACCGGUCAACUGCACCCAGCCAUCAGGGUGGCUGACCUGCUCCAACACAUCAACCUGAUGAAGACCUCCGACAGCUAUGGCUUCAAGGAGGAGUAUGAGGUCAGACCCCAUGACUCUAAUCUACAGUACACCCAUUACACAGCACAAGGCCCUAAGACUCGAGUCUACAGUACACCCAUAACAUAACACAAGGCCCUAAGACUCUAGUCUACAGUAUACCCAUAACAUAACACAAGGCCCUAAGACUUGAGUCUACGGUACACCCAUAACAUAACACAAGGCCCUAAGACUCUUGUCUACAGUACUCAUUACAUAACACAAGGCCCUAAGACUCUAGUCUACGGUACACCCAUAACAUAACACAAGGCCCUAAGACUCGAGUCUACAGUACUCAUUACAUAACACAAGGCCCUAAGACUCUAGUCUACGGUACACCCAUAACAUAACACAAGACCCUAAGACUCUAGUCUACGGUACACCCAUAACAUAACACAUGGCCCUAAGACUCGAGUCUACAGUACACCCAUAACAUAACACAAGGCCCUAAGACUCUUGUCUACAGUACUCAUUACAUAACACAAGGCCCUAAGACUCUAGUCUACGGUACACCCAUAACAUAACACAAGGCCCUAAGACUCGAGUCUACAGUACUCAUUACAUAACACAAGGCCCUAAGACUCUAGUCUACGGUACACCCAUAACAUAACACAAGGCCCUAAGACUCUUGUCUACAGUACUCAUUACAUAACACAAGGCCCUAAGACUCUAGUCUACGGUACACCCAUAACAUAACACAAGGCCCUAAGACUCGAGUCUACAGUACUCAUUACAUAACACAAGGCCCUAAGACUCUAGUCUACGGUACACCCAUAACAUAACACAAGGCCCUAAGACUCUAGUCUACGGUACACCCAUAACAUAACACAUGGCCCUAAGACUCGAGUCUACAGUACACCCAUAACAUAACACAAGGCCCUAAGACUCUUGUCUACAGUACUCAUUACAUAACACAAGGCCCUAAGACUCUAGUCUACGGUACACCCAUAACAUAACACAAGGCCCUAAGACUCGAGUCUACAGUACUCAUUACAUAACACAAGGCCCUAAGACUCUAGUCUACGGUACACCCAUAACAUAACACAAGGCCCUAAGACUCUUGUCUACAGUACUCAUUACAUAACACAAGGCCCUAAGACUCUAGUCUAUGGUACACCCAUAACAUAACACAAGGCCCUAAGACUCUAGUCUACGGUACACCCAUAACAUAACACAUGGCCCUAAGACUCGAGUCUACAGUACACCCAUAACAUAACACAAGGCCCUAAGACUCUUGUCUACAGUACUCAUUACAUAACACAAGGCCCUAAGACUCGAGUCUACGGUACACCCAUAACAUAACACAAGGCCCUAAGACUCGAGUCUACAGUACACCCAUAACAUAACACAAGGCCCUAAGACUCUAUUCUGUACUUAUAACAUAGCAUAUUUACGGUGGUCCUAAAUGGCAGAGUAGCUUUUAAAAUGAAGUGACAGACCCUUAGGGCCACCGUACAUUUUAGAUAAAUCUAUGUGUUCCUCAGCCCUCAAGACAGUCUUACUGAUAGUCUCACUAUUCGAAACAUCAACACACCUUUAACUUCAUAAAAUUCUAAUCUGGUACAAAUGAAAUAUACAACAUUAUUGGGAGGUUCUUAAAAAAAUACAAUAUUCCUACAGUGGAGAACAAGCUAAAAUGUCAUAGGGAUUAUGUCACAUCCUGUCGUGGUUCUUCGAUGCUCACUGUGUCGACUGGAUGGGCGACCACAGCCCUGCAGAGAGAGAGUUUCCUGUCAGGGGGCGGUUUGCCCGUGAGUCGCUCCACACUGCCUGCAGGGGUUUAGAGACGUUCAGUUUCUUGCUCUGCAGCAUUUGAAAGUUCAAGGGUUUAGUAUAGAAGUGUUGUGAAAAAAGUUACAGACAUAGACUUAUAUGGCUCAGCUCUGAUAGUCAUCUCCCCAUUAGUAUUAGAUAAUGAUCACAGUGGUGAAGACCAAACGUAGAGGUUUUGAGCAUCAAACCUCACACUGCAUUUACUCUCCAGCCCUUUGUACUUCAAUGGACAGUAGAAUAAUUAAUUUCACUUUUUUAAUUGGCCACAUUGUUGCCAGAAAAUGUGUCGCAUUUGCCACCUUGUGUGUCUAUUGUUUUCUGAGACCCACCAGGCUAGACAUCGAAGCUUUGAAGUGAUGGUUCUUGGACAGACAUACAAUAGAAAAGUCCAUAGAAAACUGCCUUUUGAUUAUUUUGCAGUGCCUUACCCACCGUCUAGACAGUAGUGGUGUACAUACUUGCUAAACGUGUGUUCUUAUCAGCCUCACUCACUCUGUUCCAUUCUGUUUGGUGUGCAGAGUUUUUUUGAAGGCCAGUCCGCUUCCUGGGAUGUGGCAAAGAAAGACACUAACAGAACCAAGAACCGCUAUGGAAACAUCAUUGCAUGUAAGUCUUGUAUUUAACUUCUAAUAAAGUUGCUAGGUGUUGAUGCCUCCUUUUGGCUUGUGUACUUUUAGGAAUUAGCUCAUUAAAUAUGGCAAACCAUAAAAUCAAUAUGUUAUCAUAUCCUUACCUGACUCCUCUUAUUCUCAGGAAAUUUGGGAAGAAUCAUUUUGAUUUGACUUGCUGUUAGUCAAAUAAAACUAGCCAGCCUACUAACCCAUGUUAUAUUACAGACGAUCAUUCUAGAGUGAUCCUGCAACCAAUGGAAGACGACCCUUCCUCUGACUAUAUCAACGCCAACUACAUUGACGUAAGUGGCGCAGCCUCCUCCAUUGGCGAACGUGUGCGACACAACCGUCCUUCUCUCGUAUGUGAGGCCUUCUAUGCAUGCCUUUGUCAACAAUAUGAAUACAGCUUUUAUUUUCCUCCUUCAGUCAAAGUGCUUGUACUCACUGACAUUGUUGUGCUUUCUUUCACUCUUGCCUAUGAUUUGGGCUGUAGAUAUGGCUGUACAGGGAUGUAAGUAUCACUGUAGGGGACCUCACCACACCUCAUGUUUUCCACUCUCCCUCCUCGUUCACCUCUGGUUACUUCUAACAACAUCUGCACGGAAACGCAUGAGAUGUUCUCCCAUCUCCCCCCUUUUUGAUUUGAUCCUACCAUGCUGUUGUUCAUCAGCUUCUCUCAUUUCACAUGUCCUCAUGCCCGACGUGUACAUCCCUGAUCCGUGUGCUACUGUUCUCAAUAGGAAUGGUUGUCAUAUUUACAAGAUGGUGGCCGCCUGUGUUUUUCCUUUGUUGCCUCCCCUACUGUGCCUGUACCCAGCCAGAUCAAAUCUGAUAGGGAUCAUUUGGAGUGUUAGGACCUAUUGACUCUAUAAAGGAACUUGCUAGUAAGCAGCCAAUUACAGUAAUGUAGUAUUCCUACGAAGUAAUCGAUAAUGAAACAUUCUUGGCAUUAAAACACACCAGAGUUGAGCUUUACAAAGCAAUAUAUGUCCAUUUAAUUGACACAUACUCAAAGCACAAGUAGGAAAUGUUCUCUCAUUGAAAGUUUAUAUUAGUGAAUUAAUUGGUACACGAGAACAGCUCUGUGCAUAUUAGCGCAUAAAGCCAUUGACUUUCCUGAAGAGGGAUCUCAUGCAGUCCAAGCUGGGGUUGAGGCACGGUGUGCUAUGUAGUAGUCUGCUGUUGUUGCUGCACUAUAUAAACGUCUUACACAAUGAUCUUAAAGUAUUGUGAUUGUUGCACUUUUCAGGGGUAUCAGAGGCCAAGUCAUUACAUUGCAACUCAAGGUAAGACAAAGUACCCCUGUAAUUUUUAUCAUAGGUACACUUCAACUGUGAGAGACGGAAUCUAAAACAAAAAUCCAGAAAAUCACAUUGAAUGAGGUUAUCAUGGUACACUUCAACUGUGAGAGACGGAAUCUAAAACAAAAAUCCAGAAAAUCACAUUGAAUGAUUUUUAAGUAAUUAAUUUGCAUUUUAUUGCAUGACAUAAGUAUUUGAUACAUCAGAAAAGCAGAACUUAAUAUUUGGUACAGAAACCUUUGUUUGCAAUUACAGAGAUCAUACGUUUCCUGUAGGUCUUGACCAGGUUUGCACACACUGCAGCAGGGAUUUUGGCCCACUCCUCCAUACAGACCUUCUCCAGAUCCUUCAAGUUUCGGGGCUGUCGCUGGGCAAUACGGACUUUCAGCUCCCUCCAAAGAUUUUCUAUUGGGUUCAGGUCUGGAGACUGGCUAGGCCACUCCAGGACCUUGAGAUGCUUCUUACGGAGCCACUCCUUAGUUGCCCUGGCUGUGUGUUUCGGGUCGUUGUCAUGCUGGAAGACCCAGCCACGACCCAUCUUCAAUGCUCUUACUGAGGGAAGGAGGUUGUUGGCCAAGAUCUCGCGAUACAUGGCCCCAUCCAUCCUCCCCUCAAUACGGUGCAGUCGUCCUGUCCCCUUUGCAGAAAAGCAUCCCCAAAGAAUGAUGUUUCCACCUCCAUUCUUCAUGGUUCGGAUGGUGUUCUUGGGGUUGUACUCAUCCUUCUUCUUCCUCCAAACACGGCGAGUGGAGUUUAGACCAAAAAGCUCUAUUUUUGUCUCAUCAGACCACAUGACCUUCUCCCAUUCCUCCUCUGGAUCAUCCAGAUGGUCAUUGGCAAACUUCAGACGGGCCUGGACAUGCUCUGGCUUGAGCAGGGGGACCUUGCGUGCGCUGCAGGAUUUUAAUCCAUGACGGCGUAGUGUGUUACUAAUGGUUUUCCUUGAGACUGUGGUCCCAGCUCUCUUCAGGUCAUUGACCAGGUCCUGCCGUGUAGUUCUGGGCUGAUCCCUCACCUUCCUCAUGAUCAUUGAUGCCCCACGAGGUGAGAUCUUUCAUGGAGCCCCAGACCGAGGGUGAUUGACCGUCAUCUUGAACUUCCAUUUUCUAAUAAUUGCGCCAACAGUUGUUGCCUUCUCACCAAGCUGCUUGCCUAUUGUCCUGUAGCCCAUCCCAGCCUUGUGCAGGUCUACAAUUGUAUCCCUGAUGUCCUUACACAGCUCUCUGGUCUUGGCCAUUGUGGAGAGGUUGGAGUCUGUUUGAUUGAGUGUGUGGACAGGUGUCUUUUAUACGGGUAACGAGUUCAAACAGGUGCAGUUAAUACAGGUAAUGAGUGGAGAAGUAAAGUAAAACUAACCGGUCUGUGAGAGCCGGAAUUCUUACUGGUUGGUAGGUGAUCAAAUACUUAUGUCAUGCAAUAAAAUGCUAAUUAAUUACUUAAAAAUCAUACAAUGUGAUUUUCUGGAUUUUUGUUUUAGAUUCCGUCUCUCACAGUUGAAGUGUACCUAUGAUAAAAAUGACAGACCUCUACAUGCUUUGUAAGUAGAAAACCUGCAAAAUUGGCAGUGUAUCAAAUACUUGUUCUCCCCACUGUAUUUGUAUUGAUUGAUUGAUUGAUUGAUUGAUUGAUUGAUUGAUCAAUAUGUGUUAUCCUCUCCAGGGCCUGUCCAUGAGACAGUCUAUGAUUUCUGGAGGAUGGUCUGGCAAGAGCAGUCUGCCUGUAUCGUCAUGGUCACCAACCUCGUGGAAGUUGGACGGGUAGGUGAUAGUGUCAUUACUGUCAGAUCAGGAGGCCAAUGUACUGUAGGCCCUUGAACAGUCUUCAUAUAUUAAUCUUACAUACUGUAUACCUGGGCACCUAUUGUGUGUAUUUAUGUGUGUGUAUUAUUUAAAGACAUCUUUUGUUUUAAAUGAAUUAAAUACUCAUGUUCUUGUAGGUGAAGUGUUACAAGUACUGGCCCGAUGAUGCUGAGGUCUAUGGUGAUUUCAAAGUGACAUUUGUGGAGGUGGAACCCCUUGCUGAAUAUGUGGUCAGAACGUUUACCUUGGAGAGGGUGAGUCAAUCCUUUAUCCACCCCUCACUUCUGUAUUCAACAGUUUGAUCUAUAACAGUUAAAGGGGCAAUCUGGGAUUGGUACAUCCACCCCUUUGUUGUUGUUUGAUUGGCCCUUAAAAUCAACACAUAUUGCAAAUGUGGAAUUCAGACUGAACCCAGACCAGUUGUGAACUAAUAACCUGUAUGUUCUCUGUCAUCAGAGAGGCUUUAACGAGCUACGCGAGGUGAAGCAGUUUCAUUUUACCGGCUGGCCUGACCACGGAGUGCCCUACCACGCCACGGGCCUCCUCUCCUUCAUCCGCCGGGUCAAGAUUUCCAACCCCCCCAGCGCUGGGCCCAUCGUGGUGCACUGCAGGUAAGCCCCUAACACGAUGCUUCCUCUACGCUCUCAUAGCCAGAUCUUCUGAGAAAACAGGUGCUUCCGAUUCACGUUUCUUUGAUCUCUCACAUGUGAAAUGUGUGCGCACGGACUAGCUAGCAUGCUUCAAUAUCAACCACAGCUACGCUAGAUACGAUUUCACCUUGCCCCUUGACAGGAUGUGGUUGCUAUGGAUGUUGUUGAACAAUGCACACGCUUGUCAAUUUAGUCUUGUGCAUAGUUCAAGUUUCAUGUUUUAUUAGUCGUAUGUACAGGAUACACAUGGUAUACAUUGUCCAAUGAAAUGCUUACUAGCAGGUUCCUUCUCAACAAUGCAACAAUAAUAAGAAAUAAGAUAAGAAUAGGAACAUAAAGUAAAUGGCUCAGUAGAAUAGAAUAGACAUUUUAGCAUAAGUAUAAUACAGGAAGGCACAAUUUAUAGUCCAAUAUUUUCACAUGUAUCAGUGGAGGGGGGAUGGGGGAGGGGGCAAGUGUAUAAAUUUAGCAUCAUUGCAUCAUUGUUGUGUGUACUGCACAAUGGCUGUGAUUUUUUUUUUGGUAUUCUUUCUUACAACUGCAUUGUUGGUUAAGGGCUUGUAAGUAAGCAUUUCACUGUUGUAUUCAGCGCAUGUGACAAAUAAAAUGUGAUUUGAUUUGAAGUGUAGUGCUGUGCAGCCAUGCUCACCUUCCUGUCCUCUCGCUGCCCUCUCUCCCUGGUCAGCGCUGGAGCCGGACGCACAGGCUGUUACAUCGUCAUCGACAUCAUGCUGGACAUGGCGGAGAGGGAGGGCGUGGUGGACAUCUACAACUGUGUGAAGGCCCUGCGCUCCAGACGCAUCAACAUGGUACAGACUGAGGUGACUACUAUGCCCACCCCACCGCCACACACCUCACCAAUUAACAUUAACACCAUUCACCAUUACUGUCUGUCUGUGCAUUUCAUGCUACUGUAUGUAUUGACUGUAUGGAGAUGCAGUGCGUUCCCUUGCUGAGUGUGUGUCUGUGGUCUGGCCACAGGAGCAGUACAUCUUCAUCCAUGACGCCAUCCUAGAGGCCUGUCUGUGUGGAGAGACGGCCAUCCCUGCCUGCGAGUACAAAGCAGCUUACUACGACAUGAUCAGGAUAGACUCACAGAGCAACUCCUCACACCUCAAAGAUGAAUUCCAGGUACUGGAGGACUAUCCUUUCAUAUUUAUUGGGGCACAAAGUUCUGUUUAACUCCUCAGGCUUUCAUGUCUUGUACAACAAUAAAAAACAACAAUAAAAACAGGGAAAUAGAUCAUGGUUGUGUUCCAAAUGGCACCCUAUUCCCUAUAGAGUGCACUACUUUUGACCUUUUGACCUGGGAAUAGGGUGCCAUUUGGGAUGCAUCCCAUGUCUCCUAACAAACAAUGUUCCCUGACUUGUGGUUUCAUGUUAUUUGUGUUGUUUUCAGACUUUGAACUCGGUGACCCCUCAGCCCCAGCCAGAGGACUGCAGCAUCGCCCUGCUCCCCAGGAACCACGAGAAGAACCGCUUCAUGGACAUGCUGCCUCCAGACCGCUGUCUGCCCUUCCUCAUCACCAUCGACGGGGAGAGCAGUAACUACAUCAACGCUGCCCUCAUGGAUGUAAGUGUCCUCUCCCCUCAUGCACGCGUAAGCACACACACACAGUAUAGAAAUGCACAUACACAUGCAUGUACGCACGCACACACGCAAACACACACACACACAUACACACACAUACACACUCACUCGGCUCACUAAGUGCACUAGAUGUUGUCUGAAUGUAUAGUAGAGACAGAAAGCUAGAGACAAAUCCAGGUGUAUACUUCUGUUUUCUGUACUCUAAAUGAAGGACUGAUAUUCAUUGUAUAUUUAAUGUGUGCUCAAGGCUUUUAGUUCUUUUUUUGGCAAUCCUUCUAUUAUUUUCUGGCAGUGCAAGUAGUGAUGUUAAUGAAAAUACCAAAUUAAAAUGUGCUACAUUUUAAUACUUUUUUUUAGAAAGUUUUGGUAAUCUAACUCUUCAACUAUAUCACGUUGACAUUAUUCUUCAAGAUGGCUAUUCAUGUGGUCCUAAAUUACACUUGCGCUUUUAAUAAUUUUGGGUUUUCAAAUAAAACAAAAGUCCCCCCAAAAGGUUUGACCCGUUUGAUGGAAGGGCGGGGUAAGUGAAACAAGUACAGUGUAACUACAUUAUAUUUUAUUAUUAGUUCAAACAAUAGUCCAGCUGGUAACUUUACUACAUUAUCCACACAUUACAACAGUAUCCACAUAUUACAACAGGAUCCUCAUAUUACAACAGGAUCCUCAUAUUACAACAGGAUCCUCAUAUUACAACAGGAUCCUCAUAUUACAACAGGAUCCUCAUAUUACAACAGGAUCCUCAUAUUACAACAGGAUCCUCAUAUUACAACAGUAUCCUCAUAUUACAACAGUAUCCUCAUAUUACAACAGGAUCCUCAUAUUACAACAGGAUCCUCAUAUUACAACAGGAUCCUCAUAUUACAACAGGAUCCUCAUAUUACAACAGGAUCCUCAUAUUACAACAGGAUCCUCAUAUUACAACAGGAUCCUCAUAUUACAACAGUAUCCUCAUAUUACAACAGUAUCCUCAUAUUACAACAGGAUCCUCAUAUUACAACAGAAUGCAUCACUACUAGACCUCUUGGAUCCGGUUUAUCUUAGUUUGAUAUCAGGAUCUGUGCCAGAAAGUGAAUCCAUCUUCUGGGAGUCAUCUUGUCAUAGAUGUGUAGUUGAUAGAAGGGUGAGAAGCUACCCCAUAGCUGUACCCUCCUUGCAAUACAUUGCAUAUAGCAGAGGGAAUGUGGUUGGUGACUUGACACCUUACUAAACAUGACCAUGCUGUUUUUCUUCUAUAUUAUACAGUAUAUUUUAUACAAAGGUUGAAUUCAAAUCCUCUUCUCAGUCCUUUGUAGAACUCCAAUAGAAAUUUGAAAUUUGUAUCUGAAUGAGACAAACCUGGAUGAAUAAAUACAAACCUAUGAGUCUUGACAUAGACCUUGGGAGAUGGUAUUUCAUGUGCACAGAGAAGCAGAUUUUUGCCAGAUUAUGAGCUUUUUUAUUUUAGAGGGUAAUUUUAAAUCACUUCCUCGUACAUUUUAUAAACUUUUGGACUUUUUCUAACCAAGCCGUCAGAAGAAUACCAGGUAAUUUCUGAACUUUUCACUUCUCAAUAAUUAAAUGCUUCUAACUAUACUGGAUUUGUUUCAUGGCUUAAUUAAGGUGUAUGUCAGCAGAACUUCAUUUAAUUUAUAUAAGGUUGAUAGACGCAUGCCCACCCCAUGGAUUGCCCUGGUUUUAAGAACACACUUGUCAUUCAAACGUGAAAGUUCUCCACAUUCCUUGCAUGGUCAUAUAUCCACACAUUGUUCAUUGUGAGAGAUGUACAUUAUUUAAGUGAUAAUGCCCUCGAAGCCGGUGUUUGUUGGAUAUAUUGGCACGGGUGUUGUUAGGCCCGAGAAGAAGUUGAGGGCCGACAAACCGUGCCAAUAUAUCCAACAAACACCGGCCUUGAGGGCAUUGUCACUUUUAUACAACGGGUUUCCAACAUAUUCAAAUAAGGAUUUUCAUUAAAAACGUUAUUUUGAUUAAUUUAUUCGUACCAUUUCAUCCUUCCACGAGAUAUAGUCCCGACACAAAUCUAGGGUUGCUAGAGACUUGACACGGUCGUUCGUUCUUUUUGUUCUGUAUCUAUAGACGCGACCCAGUCGUUCAUUCUAAAUGUUCCAUUGCCAUACUGACUUGCAACGUUCUUAUCCCUUGCUUGCUAGCCAGCCAACUACGGCUAAUUUACAGUCAUGUCAAAAAGUGCAGUCAGAAUAACAGCAAAGUAGUGCAUUUGCAUUUGUUUAAGCUGUUUUGUAAUUCGAUUUAUUUAGAUACAUCCAUAACAAUGAGCUUAUGAUGCGCGAAUUUGCCUGGCAGUGAAAAUGUUCUCGCUUGUCAGGACACUGUUCAGACAAAAGAAAGACAAUCCAUUACAUUCAUUUGAGCUGAUUUUAAAUAAAUGAAAUCAUACAUUCUCUUUGUUAUCCACCACAGCUGAAAAAGCUAUAGCUACUUAUUGUAUGUCACAAUUCUCUGUACAUUCCCCUGGGUUGUGCAUUGGAGUCUGUGCUACUAUUUCUGCUGCCUUGCUUCAGCCUUUUGGGGGUUGAUGGUGCUGCAGUGUUCUCUUUGUUUUCGGCCAGGAUGUUGCUCCAGCGUUUUCUGUCUGUCAGUGAGGGACACCAGUAGCUAUGGAGCGAACCUUCGCACCGAUGCCCACUCACUGACAUAAUCUCCCUCGCUUCUAAACCAGCAUUGGCCAGUUUCUGGACUGUCGUGGUCCUGAUGCUGUGUUUUUUGUAUGUAGUUGUUCCCGCUGCCCUGCAGAUCCUGAAGUGCUGCCAGAUAGUUCACGCCCAUCGGCUCUGACGUGUACCAGAUCGAGUCCCCGAUACACUCUCCUCUCCUUGGGUGGAGAUAAAAUGCAAGGGCGUUCUCUAUUAUUGCCAUCUCUUUUUCCCAUUCAUCCAUAGUCAUGCCGCCGAAAAGAUCAAAAUACAUUUUAGUUUUCGCAACAAAGUAUCGAUUUAGCCAGUCAACUGAGAAGAAGUUGUGUAUGUUGCUAUGACAACCAGCUCAAUUUGCUGUCUGUCUCGUUCGGACACAUUCACUUUAUAUGGGACGGUCGAGAUCGCAAUUCAAUAUUGAAACAAUAUUGAAAAGGUCGUAGAGAAAGACAGCAAGGUUUAUACAAAUCUCUGUUGUUGAUGCUUUUUAUAGUGGAGAUUAUGGUGAUACAUUUCCUGGCAGGGUUGAUGAGACAGUGGAUUGCGCAGUGAGAUGGAACAGAGUAAAUAGGCAUUUCAACGUCAUAGAUUUAGUCGGUGGUAAUUUGUGAAAUAGUUACCGGCUGGAAUGCAGUUUUAACCAAUCAGCAUUCAGGAUUAGACCCACCCGUUGUAUAAUUUCUAGUAUGUGUUCUCUGUAUGUCUGCAGAUUCAGUGCUAUGAGAUGUUACAUGGUUCCCUGUUGACUUUCAUCCACUGCAGAGCUACAGACAGCCAGCAGCCUUCAUCGUAACCCAGCACCCUCUGCCCAACACAGUCAAGGACUUCUGGAGGCUGGUUUAUGACUAUGGCUGCACUUCCCUGGUGAUGCUCAACGAGAUUGACCUAGCGCAGGUAAUACCUGACCACCUCACCCUCCUGCAUUCACUGCUGUGAACCCUGAUUCCAAAUGUCAUUAUUGUACAUUUUCGAAUACGGUUCCUAAAGUUUGUGUGAAGGUACAUGUCAUUGCUAAGGUUGUUGUUUUCAAUCAGGGCUGUCCUCAGUAUUGGCCUGAAGAGGGGAUGCUCCGCUACGGUCCUGUCCAAGUUGAAUGCAUGUCCUGCUCCAUGGAUUGUGACGUCAUCAGCCGUCUCUUCAGAAUAUGUAACCUCACUAGAGUAAGUAGCUAGUAUACCAUAAUGUAUUACCCUUACCUUAAGUUGUGUCUGAAGGCCAAUUGUGACAGAAUCCACAAUAAUCUAUUGUUUACUUCUGCCACAGCCAGGAGCUAGCAUAAUUAGCAUCGUCCAAAUUCAUGAAUGUAAACAGACGGAGCGAUGUUAGCAAAGCUGCAUUGGAUGCAGAAACAUCCUCAAAAGCACUUCAGACUAAGUUUGGUAGCGUCAAUACUCGUGAAGAACCUGUCCAUGUUUUCUUCCCCGCAAGAAUGUGGUUACUUUUGCAUUAAUAUCUGAAUAUUCCAAUUCUCUGAUAGUUCCAUCAAGCCACCGGUGAGUUUGUUCACAUCUGCUAAAUCAAUCCACAUCUGAGUGCCCAAUGGAAUGGAAUACAAUACAAUACAACUUUAUUGUCCAUGUUAAAGCAAACAACAGAGUUUUGAGUGACAAAAUUCCAGCGAUUAUUUCAGCAGUAUGCACGUAAAGAAGAUCCCUGCAAAUUCCACCAACUACCGAAUUCAGUUUGAAGUGCUUUUGAGGAAGUUUCAGCUUGCAAUGCAGCUUUGCUAACAUCUAUUUGUCUGUUUACAUGCAUGCAUUUGGACGAUGCUAAUUAUGCUAGUGUGUGGCUUUGGCAGAAGUAAACAAUUUAAUUAUUGUGGAUUUUGUCACUAUGGGCCUUCAGACACAACUCAAGGUAAGGGUAAUUCCACCCAAAUAUAGAUUUUGCCUGAACUAUCCCUUUAAUACCAGUCAAGGUUAUAAUACUAGGAUGGUUUGAUGAGAAUAAUGCCAAACUGGCUGCCAUUGCUGAUGUGUGUUGCUGUGUUCCCCACAGCCUCAGGAGGGCUAUCUGAUGGUGAGGCAGUUCCAGUACCUGGGCUGGGCCGCCCACAGAGAAGUCCCAGCGUCAAAGCGCUCCUUCCUCAAGCUCAUACUGCAGGUGGACAAGUGGCAGGAGGAGUGUGAAGAGGGAGAGGGACGAACCAUCAUCCACUGCCUGUGAGUGUACACACACACCCUCCACCACCACCACUACUCCCACACACUAACACCUACAUGCAUGCAUACAAAUACAAAUCCUAUCACCUCUCUUCCACCUGCACCCACCUAUUAUAUUUCACAAGUUUGAUAGUUCAGUGGAAAAGUCACCCAAUCAACCUCACACUUCCACCCUUGUGUUCCUGUGCUGUAGGAACGGAGGCGGGCGCAGUGGGAUGUUCUGUGCUAUCAGCAUUGUGUGUGAGAUGAUCAAGAGGCAGAAUGUGGUGGACGUGUUCCAUGCAGUCAAGAGCCUGAGGAACAGCAAGCCCAACAUGGUGGACAGCCCGGUAAGACAGGCCAACUGACUGACCCCAGAUCAGUCCAACUGAGUUUCAGACAGACGCAUCUCUGACUCAUUAUAUGGUGCUAAUAAACUCAGCAAAAAAAGAAACGUCCCUUUUUCAGGACCCUGUCUUUCAAAGAUAAUUCGUAAAAAUCCAAAUAACUUCACAGAUCUUCAUUGUAAAGGGUUAAAACACUGUUUCCCAUGCUUGUUCAAUGAACCAUAAACAAUUAAUGAACAUGCACCUGUGGAAUGGUCAUUAAGACACUAACAGCUUUAAGGUCACAGGUAUGUCUCCCGAGUGGCGCUGUGGUCUAAGGCACUGCAUCGCAGUGCUAGCUGUGCCACUAGAGAUCCUGGUUGGAAUCCAGGCUCUGUCGUAGCCGGCCGUGACCGGGAGACCCAUGGGGCGGCGCACAAUUGGCCCAGCGUCGUCCAGGGUAGGGGAGGGAAUGGCAGGCAGGGAUGUUGGUAGAGCAUGGCGUUUGCAACGCCAGGGUUGUGGGUUCGAUUCCCGCGGGGGGCCAGUAUGAAAUGAAAAAAAUAAAAAAAUAAAAAAAUUGUAUGCACUCACUAACUGUAAGUCGCUCUGGAUAAGAGCGUCUGCUAAAUGACUAAAAUGUAAAUGUAAUGAAAACUUAAGACACUAAAGAGGCCUUUUUACUGACUCUGAAAAACACCAAAAGAAAGAUGCCCAGGGUCCCUGCUCAUCUGCGUGAACAUGCCUUAGGCAUGCUGCAAGGAGGCAUGAGGACUGCAGAUGUGUCCAGGGCAAUAAAUUGCAAUGUCCGUACUGUGAGACGCCUAAGACUGCGCUACAGGGAGACAGGACGGACAGCUGAUCGUCCUCGCAGUGGCAGACCAUGUGUAACAACACCUGCACAGGAUCGGUACAUCCGAACAUCACACCUGCGGGACAGGUACAGAAUGGCAACAACAACUGCCCGAGUUACACCAGGAACGCACAAUCCCUCCAUCAGUGCUCAGACUGUCCGCAAUAGGCUGAGAAAGGCUGGACUGAGGGCUUGUAGGCCUGUUGUAAGGAGGUCCUCACCAGACAUCACCGGCAACAACGUCGCUCAGUUUAUGUCUCAGUUUAAUCUUGUUAUGUUCAUACAAAUAUUUACACAUGUUAAGUUUGCUGAAAAUAAACGCAGUUGACAGUGAGAGGACGUUUCUUUUUUUUGCUGAGUUUAUCACCUCUAAUUUCUGGUGAUAUUCACUUAUGAUAUUUUCUUGAGAAAUUGUGAGAGAACCCAGUCAAUAAUAUGAAGGUAUUAAGAGAACAGAUAGGAACACCUCACGUUAGAUUUGUUUUGCAGAUUGUGUUUGAAUACAUUUUAACCAAGCGAUAUUGUAAAAAAUAUACAACAAUGGUAAUGUUAUGGAUCACUGAGACGUGAACAGAAGUCUGUUGAGUUUAUAAAAUAAACUGUUGUGGGCUAACAUGAGACUCCUCGCCACAUCCUUUACACAUCCUAUGCAGCCAUGUGUGAAAGUUACCUCCUCAUUUCACUGCCAGAGAAUAGUUAGAGAUAACAUAUUUUAAUAUUAAGAAUUGAAUAUACCGUUCAGUAGUGAUUAAACCAUGUUAUUACUGUAUUGUUCAUCAUAUACUGUUGUACUGUAGCAUCAUGUUUAGCACCACAGAGCGGUUAAUACAAGAUGUGUUUUCAUCUGAACAGGAUCAGUACCGCUUCUGCUAUGACCUUGCUCUGGAAUUCAUUGAGACGUCU